GCUUGAUGUUAUGACGUCAUCGGGGCGGAAGUCCGUGUUGUAAAUAAAACUGUGGACACCUGAGCAGUAAAUCAUCGAAGCUCUCUAACAACAACAGGAACAGACUAAGGAAGAAUAAUCACGGGGGGGGGCGUGUCCAGUCUGCAGACACAGAGCAAAGCAGGUUGAACGUCACAUGUAAGAUGUCCUCUCCAGAGAUCGCCUCUCUCUCCUGGGGACACAUGAAGGUGAAGGGAUGCUCCUCCAGCUACAAAGACUGUAAGGUGUGGCCUGGAGGCAGCCGGGCCUGGGACUGGAGAGAGACUGGGACCGACCAUCACCCAGGAGUCCAACCUGCUGACCUGGAGGAGGUGCUGAAGAAGGGGGUCGACCUGCUGGUGAUCGGCAGAGGCAUGAGUGAAGCUCUGCAGGUCCCCUCCACCACUCUGGACUUUGUGAGGCAGAGCGGCGUCGACGUCAGAGUCCUGCAGACGGAAAAGGCCGUAGCUGAAUACAACAAACUGGCCGGCCAGGGCGCCAAGGUGGGCGGGGUUUUCCACUCCACCUGUUAAUGAGAUCACUCUUAAACCUGGCUAAAACUUCAGCGGCGUAGGCCUGUACCUACGGAGAAGUUUACGCAUGAAGCCUUCUGUGCAUCUUCACAAUGAUGUAAGCGACGCAGCCUCAAGCCCUGUGAUUGGACCGCUGGGUAGCAUCACAUUUCUUGCAUUUCAAAACAUUUCUGGUAUCGUUGCCAUUUUCAAAAUUCUGCAGAAUAAAAUAAUCAGCAGCUGCUCAGUAUUUAUCAGACACACACCAAGUAUUGGCUAGCUCCUGCAUUCUUAGACCUGCUGCUUUAGAGCUACAUCUUGAAUGUGAGCGUCCAGUUUGACAGAGGAAAGCUUUUAUUUGAGGUUUUACUAGUGGAACUGUUGAAGAGCACUUAGAGAAUAUGAGGGUGAGUAGAUAUUAAAACAAGUGAAUUCAAAGAGCGAAGAGUCCAGCUGGAGAGGUCUAACCUCUUCAAAUGUUGAUACAAAGAGCAGGAAACACUAUCGUCACCUUCCUUUUAAAAAGUGAUUUUUGUGUUGAUGCUUUUUUCACGUCACUUUGGAGGCGCAUUUUGUGGAAUAUUUAGAGUUUUUAAGAUAUUAGCUAAAAUAAGGAGUUUGUAUAUGUUGGUGUUGAGUAAAUGUAAUUAAUGUGCAGUUUAUUGCAGUGUAUUUCUGCUUGUUUGUCGUUUAAUAAACACAGAACAAAUCA